AUGAAGAGAAUUUUUGGUGCGAAGAAUAACAAAGAGCCUCCACCGUCAAUCCAGGACGCCUCUGAUCGGAUCAAUAAGAGAGGAGAGUCAGUGGAAGAUAAGGUGAAGAGGCUUGAUGCUGAGCUCUGCAAAUACAAAGAACAGAUCAAAAGGACUAGACCCGGUCCAGCUCAAGAAGCUGUCAAAGCUCGAGCUAUGAGAGUUCUCAAGCAAAAGAAAAUGUAUGAAGGACAACGUGACAUGCUCUACAAUCAGACUUUUAACCUUGAUCAAGUUUCAUUUGCUGCUGAAGGCCUCAAAGAUGCUCAACAAACUAUGACAGCGUUGAAAUCUGCCAACAAGGAGUUGAAAGGAAUGAUGAAAACAGUCAAGAUUCAAGAUAUUGAUAAUUUACAAGAUGAGAUGAUGGACUUAAUGGAUGUGAGCUCUGAAAUACAAGAGACACUUGGUAGGAGCUACAAUGUUCCUGAUGACAUUGACGAAGAUGACCUUAUGGGCGAGCUUGAUGCUCUUGAAGCUGACAUGGGAAACGAGACUGAAGCAGACGGAGUGCCUUCUUAUCUCCAACCCGAUAAGGAACCGGAUCUUGAUGACGAACUAAAUUUGCCUCCAGCACCAACCGGAGCUCCAUCUGGACGACCUCAGGCUGAGGAUGAAUGGGGAUUACCGGCGGUACCACGAGCAUCACUUCGGGGAUAG